GGCACCCCGAUGAAGGUGGAGAUGUUGGUCCACCAGGGCCACAGCCUGCCCGGCGCCAUCCCCGGGCCAGUGGUGGCCAAGGCCGAGGUGGAGAGAUGGUUCACGGCCCCCGGCGUGCGGAGAAUCCGGCUGAAGGAGGGAGGCGUAAGGGGCUCCCUCUUCCUGCCGCCGGGGGAUGGCCCCUUUCCUGGAGUGAUUGACAUGUUCGGUGAUGAAGGAGGUUUGAUUGAAUUUAGAUCCAGCCUCCUGGCUACCCGUGGUUUUGCUGCUCUUUCUCUGCCAUAUUUUGACUUUGAAGAUCUGCCUAAGGUCAUGAAAGAAUUCAAACUUGAGUACUUUGAGGAGGCAGCUAGAUUCCUACAGCGUCACCCAAAGGUGAAGGGACCAGGAGUUGGAGUGAUUGGGACUGGGAAAGGGGCAGAAUUAGCACUCUCCAUGAUCACCUUCCUGCCAGAAGUAGUGGCUGCUGUCUGCAUCUCUGGCUGUAGUGCAAACACAGUUGCAGACCUCCAUUAUGGUGAGAUGACUCUGCCUGGGCUGCGUUUUGAUAUGAAUAAGGUCAGUGUUUCCGACGCUGGUGUAUUUGACACCUUUGAAGCUCUGGAUGACCCAACGAAUCCUGCUAAUUCUCCUUGCACGAUCCCCAUUGAAAGAGUGGAAGGUCACUUUCUCCUAGUGGUAGGGGAAGAUGAUCGUAUGUGGAAGAGCCCCUUAUAUGCUCAGCUGGCAAUCGGGCGUUUACGCCAGCAUGGGAAAGAAAACUUUGAACUCUUGAGUUAUCCAGGAGCAGGUCACCGAAUCGAUCCUCCUUCUACUCCAUUUUGUCAGGUAGCUAUGGAUCGUGUUCUGGGGGUGCCUGUUCUGGGGGGUGGAGAGAGCAAAGCACAUGCCCAUGCACAGGAACAUUCCUGGGGAAAGAUUCAGGAGUUUCUGCACUUGCAUUUGGGAUGAACACUUAAGCACCUGCAAAUUGCUGCAGAACUCAGAGGACUGAGCUUGAGCCACCAAAAUGACUGGCGAAUUGGAGGGACUGACUGAGAAAAGCUUUGAAAUAACCAAAUGACUAUGUAGCUACAAGUAUAAACCCAAAAAGAAAGGGAUUUAUUUGGACAGUUAUUUUGACUAGGUACACAGAGGAGAA